UUCGAAGCUUGUAUUCCUGCGACCUUCAGUUGGAGGUCUCAAAUCAAUGGUUCAUCCGUUGACUAGUGCUUUGACAAUCGUUUCCCUACGUAGGAAUGCAUAUUUGAUCCGGCGAGCUAUCCGAACGGCUGUCCACUGGAAGAAGCGAUGUACACUCCGAGUCCUGUACCCCAGCUUCCACCGGAAUUAUGGGAACAGGUUAUUGAUCAUCUAUGGAACGACACUCCGACACUACGGGAAUGCAGCCUUACGUGUCGAGUAUUUUUCACAUCCUCGCGAUACCACCUCUUUUAUCGCAUCGAGCUCUGUUCGCAACUCGCCUGUUUGUGCUUUCGAGACGCGCUCGACUCCUCGAGUGCGGCUGGAACAGACAUUGCACUGUAUGUGAAGAUCAUCAAUAUCGUCGGCCUGCCUCUGUGCCGACUCGGCGACCAGUAUGACAGCGGAAACGCACUGUUGUUGCACGACAUCAUCACGCGAUUACCCAACGUCAGCGAACUGCAACUGGAUAAUGUUGACCUCGAUGUUCACCUCCCGAUGGAUUACUUGGAAACGGGCGAAGAGCUCCAAUCAUUCUCUCAUCUCUUCCCACUCCCUGACCUCAAGAGCUUACGCCUUUCCUCUGUUAUGGUCCAUUCCAUACAUGACAUCACACGCUUGAUAGCAGCGUUUCCUCGACUGUCCACCCUCAACAUAGAACGAGCACUCUGGUGGCAGGAUAAUAGCGACUCUCCACUGGCACCGACAGAGCUCGAGGACGCACGAGGCACACUACAGCACCUUGGACAUUUGUCACUCUUUACCGUGCCGAGUCCAAUCGACUUGCUGCGACGUAUACAGAGGUUCCCGUCGUUGCAAGCAACGCGGCAGUUUGGAUGGACAACAUAUGUUGCAGACGAGAAGCGCAUCCUCUUAGGCUUGCUGCGCGAUUCCGCGAGCAGCAUCAGGGUCUUGGAUCUCGUCACCAGAUAUGACUGUAAUAUUUUCGCAGACCUCGAUGCCUCCGAGUACGCCAACGUUCAGAGCCUCGAUCUGAACCUUGCCGCGUCUUCGCACGACCUCGACGCCUUCUGCCCCUCGCUUCCCCCGUUCCUUACGCAAUUCGACGCUACGAACCUACGCGAGCUUACCUUGGGCUUCAGCCUCUUCCGCCCGACGAACAUGUACUGGACGUUCGUAGACUGGGCCGCGAUGGAUGCCGCCCUCGUGCAACUGCACGCGCGCAAACCCUCACUGACGGUAUUGAUCCGCAUCGCCUUCGUUCCUGCGGCAGGUCUCUCGGACAAUGUCACGGCGGACAUCGCGGCGCCACUCGUCGAGUACUUGCCCCACACGCUGAGGGCACAGACCCGCGUUGGCGUUAGGUGCGACUUGUGCGACUCGAUGACUGGGGCAGUCCUCCGCCAAGGGAGUGUCCGCUGGCUAUUGUCGGACGGAGAAUGAAUCUAGGAUAUCGAAACUGGCGGCUGGCCAGUGGCCUUGACUAUCGCGCUCGGAUGUACUUAU